UUUCAGUCAUAUUUUGAAACAUUUAUUACGUGAUCAUUAAAAUAAUAUUUAAAAAUAUAUUAUCAUUAUUAAAUAGUUCCAUUUCGGGAUUGCCGUUUUUUUCGGCUGUGUAAAUUAUUGGUGGUAGUGCGUGAAGAUUCGCAUAAAUGAAUGAUGUCGCUGAGGUCGAAGGUCCUAGCUCUAGUGGAGGUGGUUUUACGAGUUCCACCGCUCUUUGUGGUGGAUGAGUUCCUGAAGAUCAGCUUGGGGCUACCGGUGUCGAGUGGCGAAGAGGUGUUGGUGCUGAGCAACGUGACAGUGGAUCACGUAGACAUACCAGAAACAGAUGGCAAUUACUACGAUGCCAACUUCUACAAUGCAUUCUUCUUCACUUUCUUCAAAUUCGUCGUAUGUUGUUUAGGCUGCAUGUCGUCGCUAUGCGUGUUCGUACUUUAUACGAAGCAUUUAGUUGUUGUAUACCUGUACCUCAUCUCGCUCGGCCUCGUCUUCAUCUCCUACUGGAUCAACGUGUCGGCCAUCAAGCAGAUCCAAGCGCUGACGCAAGCUGUCGGCUCCGCCCACCCAUCAGCUAGCAUGCUCGAAGACAUUCUAAACCUAAACGUCAAGAGUCUACUCAAUCUCAACGGCCCCGGCUUCCUAGUCUUACAGAACUUCUUCUUUCAAUACGGUCUGUCGUAUCUCUUCAAGAGUGUCCAUCUUGGACCCCACGUACCGUGCGUGUUGAGGGUGUUUUGGGUAUUAAGAGUGGCCGAACAUGCGUUUAGGUUCCUUAUGGACACCUACGACGACGAUACCGAAGAGGCUCUUAAGGUGCCAACUCUCCUGGCUGUCCAAUCUCUCGCUUCUAUGGCGAAAUCUCUGCUGGUGACAGGAUGCGAAACGAUAACAGCCGUGCUCGGAAUGACGUCGGUGAUAUCCUUCUUCUGUCAUUACAUCGGUAACUUCUUCCAAUGGAUUCUACUAACAGAUGAAGAGGAAGACAAAAGUAUCGGCACCGUCUCAGCAAUACUGUUCUACAUACUGGCACUACAGACUGGAUUAACGUCAUUAAAUCCUGAGAAAAGGUUCAUAAGACUGUGUCGGAACUUCUGUUUGUUGUUCACUGCGCUGCUGCAUUUCUUGCAUAAUAUAGUAAAUCCGAUCCUGAUGUCUCUGAGUGCUUCGCACAAUCCCAGUACACAUCGGCACGUCCGCGCCUUAGGGGUGUGCGCGUUUCUCAUUCUCUUCCCUAUAUCAUUACUGGUGUAUCUCUGGUCCCAACAUUCCGUUCAGGACAGGUGUCCAUUGUGUCACGACAUAUUGUAUAAGAUUGAAACCGACCCAAACAAAGAUAAUAAUUCAGAGGCCGGUAAUGAGGAGAACAGCAACAAUCAGAACCUCCUCCUUGAAGAGGAGCCAGAUCUGUUGCUAGGCGACGGUGUCAGGUGACUGAUCAAUGAACAUUUACAAAACCUAGACUAAAAUUAAUUAAUGAGUCUUAGAAUCCGAGUUUUUUCAGUGGUAAUUUUAUUUUUGUAUAGUAAGUUAUUUGUUUCUUUUUCUAUAUAUAUACAUAUAUAUAACGAAUCAGUUGGCUACCUGUGAUUUGAGGUUUAAAUUUUGUAUUGUGACGUGUGGGUACAUUGAUGUGCGGCAUCUGUUAGGUCUUAAGUUAGUUGUCUCGCGUAGUCCUUUUUAUCUUUAUUGCUGUCUAAAAGAAUGUUCACGUUAUUUGAAAUGCAAAAAAAAUCGCUAGUGCAUCUCCCGCCUAAGCUGAAUAUAACUGAGUUACUGUUGCAAACGUUAACGAAGCUAUUUGUAAAUAGUUAUUUAGAAAUAGCUUUUAAUAAUUUUCGAAACUAAUGCGGUGACGAGGACGAAGAAAAAAAUUAUAAAAAUGGUAAUUUUUUCAUUAAAUUGUAAAUAAACGAUUUAUUUAGUAGUA